AUGGCUAAAUGCACCAAGAAGGUCAGAAUGGUGGGUAAAUACGGGACCCAUUAUGGUGCCUCCCUCCGGAAAAUGGUGAAGACAAUUGAAAUCAGCCAGCACGCCAAGUACACUUGCUCCUUCUGUGGCAAAACCAAGAUGAAGAGACGAGCUGUGGGCAUUUCGCACUGUGGUUCCCGCAUGAAAACGGUAGCUGGUGGUGCCUGGACCUACGACACCACUUCUGCCGCCACAGUAAAGUCAGCCGUCAGAAGACGGAAGGAACUGAAGGACCAGUAG